GCAAAUGUUACUUGCCAACAAAACAGACGACUCGAUAGUCUGCUAUGCGCCGACCAUGAUAACAACAAACGGAGUAUGGCAGGGCGAUAACCCUUUGGAUUACUCUCUACCUCUCUUUAUAUUGCAAUUAACUUUGAUCGUCGUUGCCACUCGUGUGCUGGUUUUUCUCCUCAAACCCUUUCGCCAACCUCGUGUAAUCUCAGAAAUUCUGGGUGGAGUGAUAUUGGGUCCAUCAGUACUUGGAAGGAGCUCUGCAUUUGCCAACACAGUAUUUCCUCUAAGAAGUGUGAUGGUGCUUGAGACAAUGGCAAAUGUGGGACUCCUUUAUUUCCUCUUCCUGGUUGGAGUAGAGAUGGACAUUUCAGUAAUCCGGCGAACUGGUAAAAAGGCCUUGGUUAUUGCCGUUUCCGGCAUGGUCUUGCCCUUCCUCAUCGGUGCUGCCUUUUCCUUCGUUCUGCACAGAAAAGAUCAAACUAUGACACAGGGGACUUUCAUCCUCUUCCUUGGAGUUGCUCUCUCUGUCACCGCAUUCCCAGUGCUUGCUCGAAUCCUUGCAGAGCUCAAGCUCAUAAACGCAGAGCUUGGCAGGAUUGCCAUGUCGUCUGCUCUUGUAAAUGACAUGUGUGCUUGGGUUCUCUUAGCUUUAGCCAUUGCCUUGUCUGAGAACAAAUCUAAUUCUUCUUUGGCUUCCCUCUGGGUGAUACUUUCAAGCGUAGCAUUUGUGGUGUGUUGCAUUUUUGUUGUCCGGCCCUCAAUCUCUUGGAUGGUUCGGAGAACCCCAGAGGGAGAAAACUUCAGUGAAUUCUGUAUAUGUCUUAUUCUAACUGGGGUUAUGAUCUCCGGCUUCAUUACAGAUGCUAUUGGAACACACUCUGUCUUUGGAGCUUUCAUCUUUGGCCUGGUAGUUCCAAAUGGACCGCUUGGAAUUACUCUCAUAGAAAAGCUUGAGGACUUCGUCUCGGGGCUUCUGCUCCCUCUCUUUUUCGCCAUUAGCGGGCUCAAGACUAACAUAUCAGCUAUCAAGGAUUCCUCCACCUGGGGAAUUCUAAUGAUUGUCAUUGUUCUUGCCUGUGCCGGGAAGAUUGCUGGAACUGUCGUUGUUUCAAUCUUUUAUGACAUGUCGUUACGUGAAGGCAUUACUCUUGGCUUGCUCAUGAACACAAAAGGCCUUGUUGAAAUGAUUGUCCUCAAUGUUGGGAAGGACCAGGAGGUGCUAGAUGAUGAGGCAUUUGCAAUCAUGGUGGUCGUAGCCGUAGUUAUGACCGGAAUCAUCACGCCUAUUGUAACAUCAAUUUACAAGCCGGCAAGGAAGUUUGUACCAUACAAACGGCGUACCAUCCAAGGUUCGAAAUCAGAUUCGGAAUUACGAGUACUUGUGUGCAUCCACACCCCUCGAAAUGUUCCAACCAUAAUCAAUCUCCUCGAAGCUUCUUACCCAACAAAAAAAUCCCCAAUAUGCGUCUACGUGCUCCACUUAGUUGAACUCACGGGUCGCGCAUCCGCCAUGCUCAUAGUCCAUAACACCCGAAAAUCAGGCCGACCAGCCCUCAACCGAACGCAAGCUCAAUCCGAUCAUAUCAUCAAUGCAUUUGAGAACUACGAGCAGCAUGCUGGUUGUGUCUCUGUACAACCCCUCACAGCAGUUUCCCCUUACUCCACAAUGCACGAAGACAUCUGCAAUUUAGCAGAAGACAAACGAGUCGCCUUCAUAAUCAUCCCUUUCCACAAACAACAGACUGUUGAUGGUGGAAUGGAAGCUACAAACCCGGCCUUUCGAAUGGUAAACCAGAAUGUGCUAGCAAAUUCACCUUGCUCAGUUGGAGUUCUUGUCGACAGAGGUUUAAACGUUUCCACACGCUUGGCUGCAAACCAGGUCUCUCACAACGUAGUUGUGCUGUUCUUUGGUGGACCAGAUGACAGAGAAGCACUAUCCUAUGCAUGGAGGAUGUCUGAGCAUCCUGGAAUAAGCCUUACAGUAAUGCGGUUUGUUCCGGGUGAAGAUGCAAAUGAGCAUGUGUUGCAGCCUAAUGGUGACUUAAAGGACCCUGGGAUGUUAGCAGUGGAAACAGAGAAUGGAAGAGAUAAGCAACUCGACGAGGAGAUAAUAAACAAUUUCAGGAUAAAAAAUGAUAAUGAUGAAUCUGUUUUUUACACUGAGAAAGUGGUGAACAAUGGGGAGGAGACCGUGGAGGUUAUAAGGUCGAUGGACAACGUUCAUGACCUGUUUAUUGUCGGGAGGGGACAAGGAAUGAUAUCACCGCUAACGGCAGGACUGACUGACUGGAGUGAGUGCCCAGAGCUUGGUGCAAUAGGGGACUUGCUAGCUUCAUCGGAUUUUGCAGCCACGGUAUCAGUUUUGGUGGUGCAGCAGUAUGCUGGGAUGGGACAGCAAGGGGAGGCGCUUGGCACGCCUGAUAGCAUGGAGAUGCCUAGUCAGCCGUUCAGCAACAUUCAGCACAUCAACCGGCGGUCACCAUCGCCAAGGGGGCAAAAUGUGUUUAGCCCAUGA